AUGGUCGAAAUGGCGAACGAGGUCAAACUGCUCGCCGGCAACGGCCACCCCAUUCUGGCCAAUCUGGUUGCAGACCGACUCGGCAUAAAGAUCGCAAAGACCACAAGCUCCGAUGACUCGAAUGCCGAAACCAGUGUCAUAAUCGGAGAGUCUGUACGAGACGAAGAUGUCUUCAUCCUGCAGUCGUCAAUGGCAGGCGACAUCAACCGCGGUUUCAUGGAGCUAUUAAUCAUGAUCCGAGCUUGUCGCGAUGCCUCGGCGCGCCGCAUCACCGCUGUCAUUCCCAACUUCCCCUACGCGCGACAGGACAAGAAAGACAAGAGCCGCGCCCCUAUCACGGCUAAGCUGAUCGCCAACAUGUUGCAGACUGCCGGUUGCACCCACGUUAUCACCAUGGACUUGCACGCGUCGCAAAUACAGGGCUUCUUCAACGUCCCUGUCGACAACUUAUAUGCCGAGCCUAGCGUACUGCGCUGGAUGGCCGAGAACUUGCCCGUCGAGGACACUGUCAUCGUCAGUCCUGACGCUGGUGGUGCUAAGAGAGCCACAUCCCUAGCCGGCUACAUCAACCGCGACUUCGCUUUGAUCCAUAAGGAGCGUCCGCGUCCCAAUGUCGUGGGUCGUAUGGUGCUUGUCGGCGAAGACAAGGUCGUGGGCAAGGUGGCCAUCCUGGUUGACGACAUGGCGGACACCUGCGGAACACUUGCCAAAGCGGCUGCCACUGUCAAGGAGCGAGGUGCCCGCGAGGUCAUGGCCGUCGUCACUCACGGUAUCCUGAGCGGGGACGCCAUCAACAUACUCAAUGAGAGCUGUCUCAGCCAGAUUUUGGUAACGAACACAGUACCGCUUGGUGACAAGGCUAUACGUUGCAAGAAGAUCCGCGUUGUGGACGUUAGCCCCACAAUCGCCGAAGCUAUUCGUCGCACUCACAACGGAGAAAGUGUCAGCUUUCUCUUCAACCAUGCCCCGGCUUAG